AGUGCCGACAGCUGCUUCUUUAGUGGAGGUGACACCCCCUUUCUUUUGUUGUUUUGAAACUUGGAAUUUACGCUCAUUCUUCAUAAUUGAGGUAUCGAUGGAGGUGAAGUAAAAUAGUAGGGGAAGCAUAAGCAAAUAGAAGCACUUGGCACACACGAGAAGUUGUAGGCCUAGGCGUGAUGUGUAUAACUAUUUUUGGCUCGUAGACUUCUACACCUAAGAAUUUCGCCGUUGUUUACUAGCUACCACCGUCUUGCUUUUUCUAGCAGUAGGACGAAGAGAGAAGUACUUUCGAGUAUUAAUACGGUAUUAAAUAACAGUAUACUAGAAGUUGUUGAUAAAAAUAGCUAAACGUAAAGAACCUAAAGCGAAACGCACACCAGAAAAAAAAUGUCCUUCACGUUCACGUCGAACGGCGCCAAAGGCCCCGACGCAUCCCACGGUUUACCCGGUGCUGAUGGUUGCAGCGGUUCCGUUCUCGUUUUCAAACAUGGUGAGAAUGGCCACCGUGGCGGCGAUGCGGGACCCGCCUUUGCUGGUAUGCCUGCCACUGGUGUGGUCGUUUGGCUUUCGUCAGGUCUCGACGCCAGCGAUCCCCAGAAUAGUAUCGUGCGAGUUCAGGGUGCGUGUGCAGCAGGCAAAGUAGACGAAACCAUUGCUGCGGAAAGCUUGGAUCAGGUUCACUGUGAGGCGAUUGGAGGACCGGGAGGACAUGGAGGGUAGACACCCUGCUCUACAACUUUAAAUUUGCAUUUUGUUUAUUCACACUUUUAGAUUAAUAACCUGAUGUCGACGACAACUUUGUAAUAAAAUCAAGUCCCACGACGACAACUACUCCUCCUUGUUAUUCGCUACUUUCUUCCUCAACAACUACAGCAUUGGUGGUCCCGGAGGUCGUGGUGGACUGGGUGCUCCAGGUGCGCCAGCCACGAGGUAUACCCCUGGUAGCAACGGAGGAGAUGGCGGUGACGGAGGUGACGGCGGCUUCGGUUCCCACGGUGCGCCAGGUGGUUCCGGAGGUGUAGUCCAAAUCAAGAUGAACGAACAGGAUGCCUAUUUGAUUAUGUCCGUCGAUCAAGCAAGAAAUCCGGACUUUCUUGUCACAGGUGGCGCAGGUGGUGCGCCAGGAAGGCACGGAUCCGGAGGUAUUCGAAAACUGAAAAUAACCGAGUUAGUGACUGAAAUAAGGGAGGUAGCUUUGACAGGGCUACUCUUCCUUGUUCAGUAUCUCGCUUUUUUUCAGUAGUUACUCGCUUAUUUUAGUUUUUCGAAUACUUGGCUUCUAUUUUCCUUUCCUUUUCCUUGCUGCAGCUGCAUGAUGUUGUUUUUGAAAGAACACUACGGUUUUUUUUACGUCAACACUUUCUACUUGUACUUCUAACUACUUGUUCAACAACAUCUUCACCAUCUAUCUUACAACCUUAUCGCCGCGAAUUGGAAUCUCUAUCCUACUUACUCAGGGCCCGGCGGUUCCGGAGGUCUGGGCGGUUCACCUCACUUCUGGACCACAACUCGGUACGAGUACUACACAGACAGUAACGGAAACCGAAAUUCGCACCCAGUCACUGAGAGUCAUAGCAUGCCUGGGGGGAUGCCGGGUUUGAGCGGACGAAGAGGUAUGACCCCGAUCACUCCUUUGGCCGGCGGUGGCCAAGGUGCACCAGGUACCUUCCAGAUGGUGAUCUGCAGUGCAGUCAACGGACAGGAGAUGGCUUUUGAAUCCAGGUACCAUUUGGAAGCCAACGAUUUCCAGAUCAAGGAAUUUGGGCACCUGAACACCAAUAGCGGAGAAACCUUGCCAGAUGGCGUUUUCGAGUUCGGACAGUGCUGCUACAUCGAUGGCAUUUCGGUCAAAAAUGUGGGUGGCAUGCCAACGCCAUCUAUGCAGAGGCAGAUGAUCCGGUUGAUGCCAGGAAGGUGGGUCAAUCCUGGAGGGGAUGAGACCGGCACCCAAGACGCAGUGUACACAAUCCGAGGGAUGGCGAUCGACCAAAACACUGCAGUCGCUGUAGAUGGUCAAUUGCGUUAUCAGAUUGGUAUGAUCGAGCUUGGGGCUUUGGACAAUGUGGACUUUGAUCCGCCUGUGCUGAAGGAGAGCGUGAAAUUGAACGCUCUGCAGCUCGGAAUCGAAACAGAAGGGUAUCACGGUCCAAAUACGAAGUAUCAGAAGGAAUUCGACAACUUCCAAGACGGGGACAUCCAAGUGAUGAAAGUGCAGUUUCCAGCACAAAACAUUCAAGGUUUUUUAGGCUUAAACAGUUUGGCUGCUGGCGAGAGUACGGUAGUGCAGUUUCCGAUCAAAAAUAUCUCAACUUUGCCAAUGGGCCACAUGCUGGGAGGACGUAACGUCGGAGUCCGAGUCUUCAUGGCGGGAGGGACCAGCUUGAACACGGAUAACAUCGAAUUCGCUUUCGCUGGUUACAAGUUGCCCAAAGUAACCGAUCAGAAUGGCAAUCUGAUCGAAAACCCCAAGGAGAAAGAGAAUGUUUACAACCCAGACUUUUUCGGAGCCCAAGCAAGAGGAGUGACCAAAAGUGGAGAAAUUCUUCUCGACUUGAGUCCUGGCGCCACACAAGGCCAGCCCCACGUUAGCGGCGGCAUGGAUCCCACGCCUAUUGAAAGCGGCGUCUUCUUCGCAGUGCCGAUGUUGCCGGAAUCCAGUCUAAGCACCCUGAAAAUGCGCGUCCGAUUGAACAAAAACGUCCCUGCUUACGCCUACGGUGAACUCAGAGCGUUUUUGUACCUAGAGGACUUGUACGCGAAACAGUGGAGACUGAUCCAAAAGAGGAUGAUGGAUAUCCGCUGUGAGCCCACUUUCAUGCCUUCAGAGUAUACACAGGCGAUUCUCGUGACCAGCUCCAGCACCACCCAAGGAGAAUUCGAUGCUUGGAUGAACCUGUUGGCAAGCGAAUUCGGUCUGAUCACCAGUGUCUACUCCGUCUCUCGGUAUGGCGCGUUUUCUCCAGCGGAGACGGUCUUGCUGGAAGACCAUGAUGCUGCUGCUGCAAUGAACAACCAGAUGAAUACGGGACAAGAGGGGCAUCUUCAAGAGCAGCAAUUGAUAGAGAAACGAAUUGCGGAUUUUUUGCCUGGAACACUGGUAGUGGUCUUAGACCGAGAGUUUCAGGUGGAUCGUGGGGUCAAUGCUGCUCCGAGUGAGCUGGCGUUGCAAGGAUGGGCAACAAGAUGCUAUAGAGGAAAUGCAAAGAAAAAAUUGGGUGGCGCAUCGAGUCAGGCCAUUCAAGUUUCCGGUCCUUCGUACUUGAUCGUCUCGGACAAGCCAAAUCAAAAGGCGUUCCAAGAUAGACCCAGUUUGACUGGGGUGAAGCACAAAGUUUGCUCAAGUCUCGGGUCUAUGGACGCGGCGAAGCGUUGCAGGACUUACCCUAGUGUGGAAGCCUACAAGGAGUCUCAGCGUGGCAUCUUUAGGCGUGGAGACACCGUGCGCCUCGGAAACCGAGGAGGCCAGCCAGCUUUUGGCAUAGUCCAACGCUUUUUGAGAUUGCAAGGUGGCGCCGCUUCGUACGGCGCGACCUCCGGCGGAGGCAAGAAGCUAGCCCAAAACAACACCGCGAUUGGUGGCGAAGCAGUCUACCUAGUUGCGGACAUCGAUCCAAAUACCGCGAAUCCGAGAUCUGGUCCUAUGAAUGUCGUCGCGGACGCUUACGGCAAUCAAGGACAGCAGAUGCAGAACAAGGCGAACACUAACGAAGGCAAACUAAUGGAGAUUCCGGCUUCGCAAAUGCAGCACUAUAGUUUCCCGUCAGUCAGUGCUCACUGGACGGACGAAUCUCUGGACCCGAUGGCCGAGUACGAAGCUAUUCAGGUUGAAAUGAAGCAGAGCUGUUGUGCUGGCAAUGCACAACCAUCUUUCCACGAGAGAAACUCAGCUUUGUUGAAGAAAGCCAAGGAAUUGGAGGAUUACUUGUACGACACAUGGUCGAACUUGUCUUACACAAUUGUGGCUGUAGAUGCAGCGGUCGUGAAUGCAGGUCCUACGCGGGAUUUGCGCUACGACCCCCACACGCAUAGACCGCAACUCCAGGAAGCUGGAAGUGCUUGCUGCGGAACCAACUGGUUUAUCGGCGAAUUGCGAGUUUUCUCCAUGCGAAAGCCACUUGACGGCAAGCUGAUGCGGCCUCGCGUCUACCACAUGGUCCCAGACAGCGGCAACGCAGCCAUUGGUGGCGCCGAACACCGACAAGUCGAACAGCAAAGACAGAAGCGCCAAGGCUGGGACAAGAUGUCCAUGCAAUACGGUGUAGCCAAAGCUCUAGAACCAGCGUUGCAACUGUUUAUCAUGGCGCAGAAGCCCCACAUGGCUGUGGUUUUGCUGGAAGCGAUCGUUUCAAACUUUGCUCAGGAGAUGUUCGAGUGCGUCGACUCUACCGAAGAAAAAACCCGUGAUGAAACACUCCGUUGUAUGCCUACGCUGAAACAAGUUUUGGGACUCAAAACAUUCUUGAACAUCGCCGCUGCAACUUCUGCUGCACAGCAAGCUGAUGGAACAAACCAUGGCGGGGUUACAUCAAGAAUGAGUAGCAAUGCAGGCCCACCGACUAUGGAUCCCCAACUUCGAAAAUUGGUCGCAGACAUGGUGUCGCAGAUGGUCGCUCUGACGCGGGCUCCAGGCUGUCAUCGUUGGUGGCAAUGCUGUUCUAAGUUUAGAGUGCGUGCGAAAGUGAUUAGACAAAUCUUGGAAGACGAAGUCUGCAAAGCUUUGGGAAUUCGAGUUGACAAAGCGGUAGUGGAAAGAACCCACAAGCAGAUCAAGGAAUGCUUGGGAGACAAGGGAACAAGCAGGGCAGGAGUUUUGGGAAGGUAUUUUUUGCAACCACGCACUGCGUUCGGUUAUUUCGGAUAUUGCUCACUCCUACUGUCACUUAGGCUUUAUCUUAGAGUUGUACUCAAAGGUUGACGUGCUUCUGCUUAACGCUUCACAUUCCUGUUUCACGUACCACCACCUCGCAAAAAUUCUUGUCAUUUUCUAUCCGUAUCCGUCCAUACAUCUUCCAAAUCCAUCGACCCUCAGGUAUUCCGCCCGCGGUUUUGUCCGAUAUGUCGUUCCAUCCCAGGGUAAGAUGGCGCAGCAACAGUUGAAGGCUAACGUUUCACUUGUGCAGGAGCUCUACGAUCAAGUGCAAGCUGACAAGGAAUUACCGCAACAUGUCGUCCCAGGACAGGUCUACGAAAACAUUUGCAUUCAUGCAGCGAAAGCAGUGCAGGUACUUUAAUUCCUGUAUCUUCAUUUUGUCACCAAGGUUCGCAUCAUCUUCACCAUUUUUCCUAUUCAGGUUAUAAGGUUUACUAUGCAUAAUGUUACCUCAAGCAGUGCAUACUGUCACUCCCUCCCCCACAAGAUCAUGUUCAUGAACAUCAACACCUCACCAGAUCGCGCAUUCCAAGCGUGAACGCGUUCGGCAAAAGCGCGCACUCUACGCGUCCAACAGCGGUUCCUCGGAUCAGAUGGAUCAUGGUUCGGCGCCCGUGUGGGAGAACUUCGAACCGCAGUUCGUGGAAAACCUGGCGAUGCCUGCUAUGGCGUUUGAGCAACAGGCCUUCAACCAUGGUGGCUUCCAGCCACCGACUGCGCCACUGGCAGCACCAAGUGGCUGGGACCACCAGGCUGCUGAGAGUAGUGGCACUCAACAAUGAGCAGCACAAAGUGGCUGGGACCAGGCUGCUGAGAGUAGUGGCACUCAACAGUGAGAUCGUCCAGUAGCAGGAGGAUGAAAAGCAAGCGGUCUUUCUUGGGAAGAUGAAUGUGAAUGGUGUGAAGUGGCCUUAGGCAGACUGCCGAAUAGAUUCACAUCAUCAUGAAAGGUGUGAAUGUAGUGUCGCCAUAGAAGCAGAGGCACACCCUGAUAUUUAACGAUAAUACAGACAUUAUUAACACAGAUAACCUUGAAGAUAAUCAUAAUUAGUGAUACACAAAUUGAUGAUAUUGAUGAUUUGACUCAUUUGCCAUUGGAUUGUCCAAUGUGGUGCGUUUUUACAUUACGUAUAUCAAGUCCAAUCAUGGUGGUGGAUGUUUUAGAAUGGAGUUGUUUGCUUCUAUCUUAGAAGUAGACAACGGAUUUGUGGAUGAUCAUAUACAAGUACUACAUGAUGUACGAGUUCAAGGGGAGCAAAGUUUUCCUUUUCUUGAAGACUAAAAACUAAACAAGUCCAUGAAACUCGUACAACACGUUUAAACUUGACCAAGUUAUUGGAGCUGACCACAAAGACGAUAGAAAUGGCACUCAGAAGACGCUAUCAGAAUCAGAAAAACGCGAAGUUGUAAUAAACAGUCGAAGGUGGACAUCAAAAGCGUUUCGUUAAUGUUGAGGAGUAACAUCUAUUGAACUUGAAGGAGCUACAAAGUUUGUAGUACAAACCUAAACAAAAAAUCGACAUCCAAAAUUUGUACUCUUCUACCUUUAAAAGGCCAGCGGUC